AUGCCUUGUACGAUCGUCCGUAACUCGACCGGUGGGGGGAAUGAUGGGGCUCAGAGCACAGUCAAGGCUGCCAACACCUUCACUGGCGAUGUCUGGAUGGACAAGCUCGCGGGCCCCGUGGACGGCAUAAUGUGCAAUCAUGUCACCUUCCUUCCCGGUGCUAGGACUUACUGGCACCACCACGAAAACGGGCAGAUACUCGAGGUCAAAGCUGGAAGUGGGUGGGUGUGCGAUAAAGGCGGGAAGCCUCAGCGCAUCAGCGCGGGCGAUAUCGUUCAGUGCCCGGCUAAGACAGUUCAUUGGCAUGGCGCCGACGACGGCAGUAUGAUGAUGCAUCUCGCAAUUAGUCUUGGAAAGACCACUUGGAUGGAGGAGGUCAGUCAGGAGGAAUAUGGAGCGAAGAGUGGUUAG